UUAGACUAAAAAUGGUAAAAUGCUCGUAUAUUUACAAUGUACAUUUAUACAGAAGCUUUGCUCAGAACCUUUUUACUAAAGAAAUCAGGUAUCCCUAUUUAAACUUCAAUACACCCAUUAUCCAUUAUCCAGUCCGAGGACCGAAAGAACGAGCUACAGCCAUCAUUAUCUUACAAUUUCAGAUAAAAAAAACUUAUGAUAUUUCAAAACCAGUAGCUUUAUUUCUCUACUCAAAAUCUGAAACUUCAUGGCUGUAUUAUAAAAAUGUACAACUACAAUGGAGUAACGACAAAUGUUAUCUAAUUUCCAGAUGGUUAGUGCAUAUGGUCGACUUCUCAAACAUAAAUUUAAUCAAUUCGCCGAUGUAUAAACUAUGGAAGUAUAUUGAAAUCAGCAGAACUCUCACAGUUUUCUAGUCUCGUCGGCGGUGUAAUGAAUAAACUAUAGAAUAUAAAGCGAAACCGAUUUGACCCGGAAAAGCAAUUUGGCCAAAAGCAGUAAAGAAAAAUAGCUUUUAUUUCCAUUCAGCUCGUCUCCACGUUACCACCGUAUCACUGGACUGCACACUACAGUUGAAAUAUGAUCGUCGUGGCGGUCACGGGUCGGCGGUCGCUGUGGCAAACGUGUCGUACGAGAAUCGAAGGGCGUUCGGCGUCAGUGGCUAAAAUUUGUUUCCACUAUGUUCAGGAUUGAAUGUGUAAUUCUUCGAUUUGUAAACGUGUGUCGACUUUUAGCACUGGCGGGAUGCACAUUCUUAACUACGACCUAAUAUCGUUCCAGGUUAUUUAAGGGUGGAAUAAAAAAAAUAAUACAAUACAACAACACCUAAAUUUUGUCUUACUGCCAUGUAAUGUAAUGUAUUUACUGCAAAACGAGAUGUUCUUAAGCGGUUAUUAUUACUAUUAUUAUUAUAUUAUAACCAGUGCUGUAGUGGGGGGGUACACGGGGAUAGACUACGGUACAUGGCGUGUACCCACUUCCAAUUUAUCAACACAUACGUGUACCUGCUUGCUUAUAAUUAUUAAUCAAAUCCUCUAAAAAAAAAUUUAAAUUAAAAAUACUAAAAAGAAUUCCAAAAAUAACUCAA